UUUGGUCACACUGGUCCAAGUGCCGGGUGCGAUUCACGUUGCUACUUUUGUUCGCUUGGGAGUGGGUUUUCAUAUCGAAAUAGCGGAGGAAAUCGGAACUUGGAGCGGCCGAAAAAAUGUCCGGGAAGUACGGCAAGCUGCAGCAGCAGUUCCUCUGCUGCUAUCCGGUGUACAAGAUGGCCUGGUCGUCGGUCAAGUUGCCACUCAACUGGGAGGAUCAGCAGGAGCUGAUAGCGGCCACCUGUGGCCACCCAAUGAACCGUCGAUAUCCAGUGCGUCGCAGCUACCUGGAGGCCUUCCUCAAGCAGCUGAUCCACCUGCUCCGCGAUCAGGAGGAUGUGCACGACGACAUAUACAGCAGCUUGUGCGGUCCGGUGGCGGACAACAUAGCGAGCACAGGACCAUCCAUGUACGCCUACAAGCACUAUCUCCUCGAACCGGGCGCCCACAUAACGCUCCGCGAGUCCACCAGCUGUGUGGCCGAGGGCACAACGGGAUUGUGCACCUGGGAAGCGGCUCUGGCCCUCGGCGAUUACUUCCUACAGCACCGCGACCUGGUGCGUGGCAAGAACAUAGUGGAGCUGGGAGCCGGUGCCGGGCUUCUGGGAAUCCUGCUGAAACUACCGGCCCUGCAGCUGCACGUGGGCCAGGUCCUGCUGACCGAUGGCAGUGAACCGUGCGUCCAGCUGAUGCGAGAUAAUAUCAGCCUCAAUUUCCCAGACACGCCCAAGGAGCAGAUGCCCAAGGCGGUGCAGCUAAGCUGGGAUGCGGUCAGCAAGUUCCCCUGGGAGUCGCAUGCUGAAACGGAUCUUCUGAUGGCCUCCGAUGUGAUCUACGAUGAUUCCCAAUUCGAUGCACUGCUGGGUGCCAUGGACUACUUGUACACCAGGCGAGGAAGUGGGCUGGAAACCCUGCUGGCCAACACGGUGCGAAACGUGGACACGCUGCACAAGUUCAUGACCCAGCUGGGUGACAAUGGCUACAAGGUGACUCCAUGUGCGAACGUAUCGGCCUGUGCCAGCCACUUUUGUCGCGAUCACACCGCCGCCGUUCAGAUAAUCUCCAUAAGACGCUAGUUUUAGUCCUAAAAUAAACCGACAUCACGAAAACAAA